GGUGGGUGUGCGCGUACUUCGUUCACGGGCUUUUUGCAAAACAAUUUUCACAAUUCUGCUAGAUCUUUGCACUGCCGUAGCUAAACGCUGUAGUAGAAAACGAAACUCCAGCCGGGAGAAAAGCGUAUCUGUGUGUAUGUGCGUAGUGUACCUAUUUGUGUGUAGAGCAGUGUGAAGAGAAACAAAGAGAAGUAAAAGGGCACGGUAGCGCGGCGGUGCGUGGCACAGUCCUCACCGGGUGGAGAAGUGGAGAAAAAAAUAUCAGUGGCCACGAUCACCACGUCGUAUCUUCGAUAGAAAGUGGCAAUAGAUGCAAUCGUGCGGAAAGAAAUGAAAAUGAAUAGCGACAGUACGCGAGCAGGAGGAGCGACAGCGGUCUCCAGCCGAAGGCGAUCCGUCGCAUUUUGGUUCUUUGUUCCUCUUUUUGUCCUUGGGUGCUUGUUGAUUGAUCAGACUCAGUCUCAAGCGGUUGGUGGAGAUGAAGGCGGCAAUCAGUGUGUGUGGUAUGGUAUCUGCAAUGUCGAUUCACUUAAUCGCGCCCAGUACUGUCCGUACAACGGGACGGCCAAACCGAUCGACACGAAGGCAAGAGAUCUGAUCAAGAUGUGGUGUAAACAUCUGCUAGUCGAAGAUGCCACGGGCAACAUAAACACGUGCUGUGAUGCGGCACAGAUGCAAGUGCUAAACAAAAAUGUGGCACUAGCGGCCAAUUUUCUUGCUCGUUGCCCAUCCUGCAUGGCCAAUCUGGUGCGACACAUGUGUGAUUUCACCUGCAGUCCACAGCAGUCCAGCUUCAUGAAGGUGGUAUCGACGGAGGAGGUCGAACCCAAGGAAGAGAAUGAAAAGUCCGACCAACCGGGCACCACGGUGGCUCCCACACCCAAAGAGUAUAUCACCAAAAUCGAUAUCCACAUUACGCAGGAGUACCUGAACGGUACGUUCCAAUCGUGCAACCAGGUUUCGGUUCCAUCGACCGGGCAGCUCGCGCUAGAUCUGAUGUGCGGUGACUGGGGUGCAUCCCGAUGCAGUGCCAAGAAGUGGUUCCACUACAUGGGCGACUCCGAGAACAAUCUGUACGUUCCGUUCCAAAUCGAUUACGUUGCGCACAGUUCGCCCAAUGAAACCAUCGACGGCUAUAUACCGUGGAAUCCUCGCAUCGUUCCAUGCAAUGAAAAGCUGGAUGCAAACACACCGGCAUGCUCGUGUGUCGAUUGUGAAGCAUCCUGUCCAAAGCCACCGCCGCCUCCCAGUCCACCCCAACCUUUCGUUAUUUAUGGUAUGGAUGGAUACGCGGUCGUCAUGUUCGUGGUGUUUGUCGUGUGUAGCGGCCUAUUUUUGAUUGGUGCCUGUUUUUGUCAUUCGAGCACCGGUACCGGCGGUGGAGGCAGCAGUGGAGCAAAACUGUUGGUAAAUAGUGGUGACGCGCAGCCAUCGGACCUGCGGUCCUCGGUGGGCCGUAGGUUGGCCGGUGGUCUCUCUUCUAACAGUGGCGAUCUGGGCACGGACCGGGAAGACUCACCCCUACAGUCGAAGCGAUCGAGUGCCACUUGGGACGGUGAACAGGAACUUCGUCCUCACCCGUCCGGUGUGGGAGCCGAGGAAGAUGACGAUGAGUCCGGUUAUUUCGAACGACUCGGAGCUAAGACGGAAACCGCCUUGGAACACUUCUUCACUGCGUGGGGAACAACCUGUGCUAAACAUCCUUGGCUUGUGCUGCUUGGAGGACUUAUCUUCAUUGUUGCAAUGGGUAUGGGCAUUAAUUUCCUCCGUGUCACGACAAACCCAGUUGAACUGUGGGCUUCCCCACAUUCACGUUCCCGUGUUGAACGAGAGUAUUUCGAUUCCAACUUUGAGCCAUUCUACCGUAUCGAGCAGAUUAUCAUCAAGGCAGAAAAUCUUACCAACGUGAUGCACAACACCUCCAACGGCGUGAUUGAAUUCGGGCCGGUAUUUAACCGACAAUUUCUGCUCGACGUGUUCAAACUGCAGGAGAAAAUAAAGAAGAUUAAGGCCGUGCGUAACGAUGGCAGCAAUCAGACGGUUGGAUUGAAAGACAUUUGCUUUGCACCGCUUAGCACGAAUAAUGGGGAGACGCGUACGGAAGAAUGUGUGGUCCAAUCGUUGUGGGGCUAUUUCUCGGACGACAUGGAUGACUUUAAUGACGAAGAAGAGGACGCACAGGGCUUUGUGAUCAAUUACCUGGACAAGCUGAUACAGUGCUUUGGAAAUUAUUACAAUCCAUCAUGCCUGGCGCCCUACGGUGGGCCCAUCGAUCCGGCCAUCGCACUCGGUGGUAUACCGCAACCAAAGUCACCGGAAGAGAAGCCCAGUUACAGUGAAGCGAACGCUGUCAUCUUGACGUUCUUGGUGCGAAACUACCAUGACAAGAACAAACUCCAAUCGGCACUGGCUUGGGAAACGGAGUACGUAGCAUUCAUGAAGAACUGGACACGGGAAAACAUGAGCAUCGCCUUUACGUCCGAGCGUUCAAUCGAAGAUGAAUUGGCACGCGAAUCACAGUCAGAUGUGUCUACGAUUUUGGUGUCAUACAUCAUCAUGUUCGCCUACAUCGCCAUUUCACUGGGGCACGUAAACCAGCUGAAACGGGCCUUGAUUGAUUCAAAGGUGACGCUUGGCUUGGGAGGUGUUGCGAUCGUACUGGCUUCGGUCGUUGCAUCGGUCGGUAUUUUCGGAUAUAUUGGCGUUCCUGCUACAUUGAUAAUUGUGGAGGUAAUACCAUUUUUGGUGUUAGCGGUCGGUGUCGACAAUAUCUUCAUUCUGGUUCAGACGCAUCAGCGCGAUACGAAAAAACCGACGGAAACGCAUGCUGAACACAUCGGACGCAUUCUAGGACGCGUUGGACCAUCAAUCCUAUUGACCUCUGUCAGUGAAAGCUGUUGCUUUUUCCUCGGCGGGUUGUCCGACAUGCCGGCCGUGCGCGCAUUCGCUCUGUAUGCCGGUAUGGCGCUGUUAAUCGAUUUUUUCCUACAAAUCACUUGCUUCGUUAGUCUGCUGGCGCUCGAUACCAUCCGCCAGACGGACAAUCGGUUGGACGUGCUAUGUUUCUUGCGCGGCUCCAAAAAGGAUAUGCCAGGCAGCAUCGGUGAGGGAUUGUUGUACAAAUUCUUCAAAAGUAUCUACGUACCAUUCGUGAUGCGCAAACCGGUCCGUGUGGCGGUGAUGAUCGUAUUCUUCGGAUGGCUCUGCUCGAGCAUUGCUGUCGCACCGCACAUUGAUAUUGGACUUGACCAGGAGCUCUCAAUGCCCGGCGAUAGCUUCGUGCUGAAAUAUUUCCGCUAUUUGCAGCAGUACUUGAGCAUCGGCCCGCCGGUAUACUUUGUGGUGAAGAACGGAUUGAACUAUUCAACCAUGCAUGAUCAGAAUUUGAUAUGCGGUGGACAGUACUGUAAUCUCGACAGCCUUUCGACGCAGGUUUAUAUCGCAAGCAAGCAGCCACAGUCAUCUUAUUUGGCACGACCGGCGUCUUCGUGGUUGGAUGAUUACAUCGAUUGGUCGACUGCACCAGGCUGCUGCAAGCAAUGGACCAAUGGAAGCUUUUGUCCUCAUCAAAAGAGUGCCUGUGGAGCGUGUAACAUUUCACUGACACCUCAAAAGCGACCCGUGGAGGACAGUUUCCGGCAAUAUGUUUCCUUCUUCUUGGAAGAUAACCCAGAUGAGGCUUGUGCCAAAGCGGGUCACGCGGCAUACGGUAGCGGCGUAAAGUAUCAACCGGAUGCAUUGUCCCCACAGUACAGCGAUGUGGGAGCGACCUACUUCAUGGCGUAUCACACGAUUCUUAAAUCGUCCUCCGACUACUACGAAGCGUUGCGUUCGGCACGUAAAAUUUCGGCAAACAUUACCAGUACGAUACAAGCGAAUCUUCGCCUCCAGGGUCGCAGCGAAGCAGAUAUCCAACAAAUCGAGGUGUUCCCCUACUCGGUGUUUUACGUGUUCUACGAACAGUACCUUACGAUGUGGCCUGAUACGCUCAAGAGCAUGGGUAUAUCAGUGCUAGCCAUCUUUAUCGUAACGUUCCUACUGAUGGGCUUCGAUAUUCAUUCAUCGCUGGUAGUAGUGAUCACGAUUACCAUGAUCGUGAUCAACAUAGGUGGACUGAUGUAUCAUUGGAACAUCUCACUCAAUGCCGUGUCGCUCGUGAAUCUCGUAAUGGCGGUCGGCAUCAGCGUAGAGUUUUGUUCGCAUUUGGUACACAGUUUCUCCAUGUCGGUGGAAGAAACGCGCGAAAAGCGGGCAGCGGAUGCGCUCACCAAAAUGGGCAGCUCUGUGUUCUCCGGUAUUACGCUGACAAAGUUCGGCGGUAUAUUGGUGCUCGGUUUCGCCCACAGUCAAAUCUUCCAGGUUUUCUACUUCCGUAUGUACCUGGGCAUUGUGCUGUACGGUGCGGCUCACGGACUCGUGUUCCUGCCGGUGCUUCUAAGCUAUAUCGGCGCCCCUAUCAACAAAGUUAAACUGGCCAAUCACCGGCGGCAAGCGAUGCAGGAAACCCAGGAAACGUCCCUCUCUACAACCGUAAGCAAACCUAAUCCAACCAGUGUUGCUCACCAUCAUCAACAGUCUAGCGCCCGUCUGGCGGACGGCUCUUGCUGCCGUGUGGAUAGUAGUAGUGGUCGUCGCGAUGGUUGUGGUUGUCGUUGUUGUUGUGUAGUGCCACCUGCAUCGUUCAACGCAUCCUCAUCUAGCAUCACCAAUCCACCGCCAUCAUCACCACCGACACCAACCUCACCCAUUCCAACGUCGCCCUUGCACUGCUUUCGCACAAUAUUUAGUAUAAGCACUGGGAGAAGGCAUUCGGCAUCAUGCCACUAUGCGCGGGAUUGCUGCUGCUCACAGCACACGGCAUGGUGUAAAUCAAGAAGCUUUAAGCUGGUCGCCUCUCCCCCGGGUAUCGGGGCGGCAGGUGGAGCAGCAGCAGUCGGAGCGCCGCAUGCAUCUUCGUCAUUCGCCACUAAUGUGUCGUCCUCAGAUCGGGAAACUAAUCGGUCGACGACGUUCAACAGCACUUCUGCUAGUACGGAGCGGGCAGCGUUUUGUGGUUGCAUUCAACAUCGGUGGCAACGUUGGCGUAAGAAGCAUCGGACAAACAAACAGUCGAAGCCAACCGGGGAAAAUACGUACUAUUCUAAUGCAGAUUACUGUCUCAACGUAACGUUACCGAUGAACGAUGUUACCACGAAUGCUACCCAUUGCGUGAUGCACCGCCGAAGACGCUCCCACAACGAUGUUUCCAACGGCACACACCACCCCAGUGCUAAUGAGAUCGAUGAGGAGCCGAAUAUGGAACAGGAUGCAGCGUACUAUGACGACCGACAAUCUCCCGACUACAACAGCUACCACCACAACGACGAUGACGACCAGGCAAAUAUUCAGCGAACGGAGCAAUCGAAUUAUCCUGCGCUUCGCCAGGAAGAAGAAACCCAAAGAGGAAGAGGAUACCGGGCAACAGGAGCAUCUGGCGCACCCGGGUACUCCGGAGCACGGCAACAAUCACGACACGAGAUGCAAUCCCAGCAACAGCAGCAACCAACCAAUCAGCACCGAACCACCCUUGAGGUCCACGCCCAGCACGAUAUUCCUCCGGGUGAGGAUACGGAGGAGCUUACCGAACCUCUUCUGCAACAAGCAUCCCCCGGCAUGCAGUGCGCCCCGCACGGAUCUCUAAAAGAGGACGCGAAGCAUCAUGCGGGAACAGUGCCGGCAGUAGUAGCAGUGGAAGAACACAUUUCAGCGAAACCAUCAAUCAACACAUCCGCGGCACCAGCAUCGAAGCUGUCCCCAUCGUCAUCCAUUUCAUCCUCCUCGUUGUCGUCGAAAACUUCCAAAACAUCCAAAACGUCCAACAGGCACCGAUUGCGCAAGAGCAGAUCCAAGGACGCGCAAACGGAGAUAGAGCACCCGAAGGCACCACUAGUCGUGGCUGAAGAUUCAGAAGAUUUAGAUGGGGAGGAGGAAGAGGAAGAGGUUGAGUAUGGUGGGCGAGAGAGGGUGAUAGAAACGUCAAAUAAUAGCAACCACAACAAUGAUGCCAUCUUUGAUAAUGAGGUCGAUACGUACCGGGGGGAAGAUCGAAGGACGCUUAAGUCCUCUACGUCAUCGUCCCGUUCAACGAUUGUUCCACGUGGACGAUAAGGAAGCGAGGAACGUUUGUGAUUAUUCCAAGCGAUAUGGGUUUAAUGCGAUGACAAAUCAUUGCAGAAGGAAGUGGAAAGGAAGGAUUACGAAGAUGGGAAAAGCAAUCUUUUCUUUAUCACACUUGUGCUUGUGGGGUUUUCAAGAUUUGGAGUAUGUUAGGAAGAGAUGUACUAUAACAGUAAGCCUAUCGCAAAGCAAAAGAUCAGAUAGGAGGAUAAAGUAGAUAUUAUGCACAUAAAUACGCCCAUACAUGAUGGUUGAAAAGAUUUUCUACCUAUUCGUAUCUCGCGCUGUACGAAGUGUCGGAUGAUUGAAAGUUAAAUGAGGAGUAAUAUCCUAGAGGUAUUAUGCGCGCGCAUGACCUUAUGCUUUGUCCCUACCCAACUCUGUGAGAUCUGGGGGAUUGGAUAACACGAAGCAUGCAAUUACGAGGAAAAGAAUUAUAUUGCAGACCAAAAGUUUCCCUCGGCAGAAAGGUCAUUCUGAAUGAAGUCAAAUUCAUUUCCCAGGUUACAAAACAAAACAUAAAAAUGUUGGUGCUCUGCCAUUCGUGACGUUUCUAAUAGUAACUAUACAACAAUAGAUAUUUUUCUACAUUUGUGCAAUAAUUAACAACGAAACUGGACAUGCAUCAGUGAAACAAAGGCAGACACUAAUCACCGAAUCGAAAGGAAAAGGGAAUGAAACGACAUCAACACAGUUUGUAUACAUUUGUGUGAUGACCCAGAUGGAUAUUCCUAUUGCAAACUCUGAUAUAUCUUCUUGUCCUAGGAUACAGACGCGUAAAAGUUAAUUACAGUUCGUUGAUGGAAGGAACAAGGGACGCAGUUUCCGAGGCACAGUAAAUGGAAUCUACUCUCCACUUAUAGAUGGCUAUAGUGUGCGCGAGACGUGCAGUGGUGCGAAGUUUUAAUGUUGUUCGUACUGCCGAAAGGUAUAUGUAAAAGUGUCGAAAAACGAUAAGAAUAGCAAAAUGGCAGAAGAUGGAUACAUUGGUUGCAUAAUUGUUGGUUGUUAUCGAACUGCAAGGUGCGGCUAAUAUUUUAGUGCUGUUGGUUGUUUGCAUGCUUGGUGGAUAUGCUGGAUGAAAAAAGAAGAAAUGCUAGCAAAUGAAGAACGUUGAUUGAGUUCAGCGCUUAAGAGGAAGAAAUGAAUGAGUUGUACAGUAAGAGAAGACGAUAGAUAACUUAUGUUUAGGAAUGUUGGAAAUUGUUGCUGAUGCAACUACCGAAUGGGAUUGUGGAAAAUUAUUAUUAGCAAAAAACGGAAGUAGUCUUGGUCAACUGGAGCGAACACACACGUUAUCAUUCAUAGGGCUCGACAAAGAAACUAUACAAAAAUAGGAAAUUGAUGUCUAAAAACGGAUCGUUCCCAGAGGCGGAAAAAACUUAACCUUCAUGGAGAGAAGCAUGUACAAACAGGCAGGUGACUAAGUAACGAAUAUUCGCAAUGUAUUAUAGCAGUCUGGAGGAAUCGUCGAUGCAGAAGAGUGGGUCGUGUGUUGGGGUAAGAUUACGUACGGUUAGUCAAAACAUAUGAAAAACACAGUUUAUAAGGGCUCAUUUGGCAACCGAAGUAGUUUUGUGCAGUUGUUUUUAGCGUUUUUAGGUUGCAAGUCAAGUUGAGAUUUAGAGCAAUCCAUCCCUUUGUGGGUGAAUGUUGAUAGCCGUGGAAAAAAAUUACCAUGAAACGACUGCAAGUGUGAUUAAUUUCCCCGUUACUAUUUCGAAUAAUUUGGCGCCUUCGGUACUACAUCGCCGAUGUUUCAAAUUGUUUCGCUUAUUUUUAUCCGUACCAUUACCUGUAUUGGCGGAGAAGAGAAUGCUCCAUACGUAACGCAGGUUAGGUUAACAGUGCAGUCCGUUGAUACGUUAUCCGUUCCUACUACCAAAUCAUACUAAGCACGAUGUUAUUGAGCUAGACAUCGCUUUGUUGUAAUUCAAGUAUAAACAACUCAUUUCCGGUGCCUUGCA